AUGACCGUCUACAAGCACGUCCAGGCGCAACAGAAGCGCGCCUCGAAGCGCGGGCGGAGGGAAGCCCUCUCGGACGAAGACGACGACUUGAGCGACUCGGACCGCUCGUCGGUCGCUGAGCAGUCUGGGAGCGAGUCAGACGAGGACAGCGACGAGGACAGUGAGGAGGACCUCUUGCCAAGGGAUGAGGACGAGGAGGAAUUGGACCCCGACGCUCCGAGGCCCCCUCCGAAGGGCUUCCCGACGGCCACAGAAGCGCUCGAGAACCAGAUCGUCUCGAGCAAGUUCUUGAUUGCCGAGCAGGAGGAUGGGUCGGAGGAGGAGAAGGGGUCGGAUGAGGAGGCAAAGGAGGACGAGGAGGAGGAGUUGCCGCUCGUCUGUGUGGUGUGCCCGAACAAGGUGUUGAAGCAGGGACGGAUGGUCGAGGUUCAUCUCGCUUCGAAGGACCACCUCCGCCGUCUCGCCCGCUUCAAAGCGCACCUCUCCUCGCCCGACUGUCCCCCCGAACACGCAGACGCCGACGCACGGUGGGUGUCGAGCCAGAUCGACAAGAUGGUGUUUGAGAGGUUGAGCCGGCAGACUGCUGAGGGAGGGGCGAAGAAGGCGAAGAAGGAGGAGGACAAGGCUGCUCCUGCGUCGACGGCGCCGGUCGCUUCGACUUCCGCCCCUCCCGCGAAACCCUCCGCCACAAACUCUACCACGACUCCCGCCACUACCGCAGCGAAACCCAAGUUCUCGAAACCGGACGCCGUCGCAGCUGCUUCCUCAGCCGGCACUUCCGUCCGCGAGCAGAUCCGGUUGCAGAAGAAGGAGAAGAACAAGAGGCGGAGGGAGGCCAAGAGGGAGAAGAAUGAGCGGAUCAAGCGGAGAAAGUUGGAGAAUGGAGAAGACUUGCCACAGCGCCCGCCUCCCAAGCGGAAGUUCAUCGAGAAAGUCAAGCCGACCGAAGACGAGAUCCGGCUGCGACAAGAGUGGAAGAAAGCGCGCAACGAGGCGCGCGAGAAGGGUCUCCCUGCUCCUCCCAAACCCGUGUUGGCGUACGAGUUUGGAGGGAACGUGCCCGAGGCGGUGGUGAAGAAGGCGGAGAGGGAGGCGAAGAAGGCAGCUGAGACGGGGCUUGCCGGGGCAGCGAAGGACGGCAAGAAGGGUGCGGCGAGCUCGAAGAAGGGUGGGCAGUCGCCGGCGAAGGGAAAGGCGGGCAAGGGAGGCGAGGAGACGUCGGCCAAGGCGGCGAGGCGGAAGGAGAAGAAGGCGCAGCGCAAGUCCGACGCCGCGGCGGCUCAGGAGACGGACGCGGUCUUGCCAGAGGUCUAG